GGCGGCAGCUAAGGCCGCGGCGGGCGGGCGGGCGGGCUCGGGCCGAGCCAUGCCAGCCGCGCGCAUGGAGUACAUCGCGCCCUGGUGGGUGGCGUGGCUGCACAGCGUCCCGCACGUCGGCCUGCGCCUGCAGCCGGUGAACAGCACCUUCAACCCCCGCGAUGCGAGUUACCAGGAGUCUCUGCUGUUCCUGGGGCUGGUGGCCGCCGUCUGCCUGGGCCUGAACCUCAUCUUCCUCGCGGCUCACCUGGUCUGCGUGUGCUGCUGCAGGCAGGACGACGCGGUGCAGACCAAGCAGCGCAACUCCUGCUGUGUCACCUGGACAGCCGUGGUGGCCGGGCUCGUCUGCUGUGCUGCGGUGGGUGUUGGCUUCUAUGGAAACAGCGAGACCAACGAUGGGAUGUACCAGCUGAUCUACUCCUUGGACAACGCGAACCACACCUUCUCUGGGAUUGAUACCCUGGUGUCUGGAACCACCCAGCAGAUGGAGGUGAACCUAGAGCAGCACCUGGCCCGGCUUGGUGAGAUCUUUGCCGCCCGUGGCGAUUACAUCCAGACGCUGAGAUUCAUACAGCAGAUGGCAGGUACCAUCGUGGCCCAGCUCUCAGAGCUGCCUGUAUGGAGGGGGGUCACGGCCGAGCUGACCGAGCUGUCUGACCAGGCUGGCCACGUGGAGUACUACAGGUGGCUCUCAUACCUCCUGCUCUUCAUCCUGCACCUGGUCAUCUGCUUCAUCACCUGCCUGGGACUGGCCAAGCGCUCCAGGUGUCUCCUGGCCUUGAUGCUGUGCUGUGGGGCCCUGGCCCUGCUCCUCAGCUGGACAUCCCUGGCCGCUGACACCGCGGUGGCAGUGGCCACCAGUGACUUCUGCGCAGCUCCCGACACCUUCAUCCUGAACGUCACGGAGGGCCAGAUCCACACAGAGGUGACCCGUUACUACCUGUAUUGCAGUCAGAGCCUAAGCAGCCCCUUCCAGCAGGCACUGACCAUCUUCCAGCGCUCGCUGACCACCAUGCAGAUCCAGGUCGUGGGACUGCUGCAGUUUGCUGUGCCCCUCUUUCCCACAGCAGAGAAAGAUCUGCUCGGAAUCCAGCUCCUGCUGAACUCAUCAGAGUCCAGCCUUCACCAGCUGACAGCCAUGUUGGAUUGCCGAGGGCUGCACAAGGACUACCUGGACGCCCUCGCUGGCAUCUGCUAUGACGGCAUCGAGGGCUUGCUCUACCUCGGCCUCUUCUCCAUUCUGGCCGCUCUGGCCUUCUCCACCUUGAUCUGCGCGGGGCCGCGGGCCUGGAAGCACUUUACCACCAGGGACAGAGACUAUGAUGACAUUGACGAUGACGACCCCUUCAACCCCCAGGCCCGGCGCAUUGCCGCCCACAGCGCUCCUCGGGGGCAGCUUCGCAGCUUCUGCAGCCGCAGCAGCGGGCUGGGCAGCCAGACUAGCCUGCAGCCCCCAGCCCAGACCGUCUCCAAUGCCCCCGUCUCGGAGUACAUGAACCAGGCGGUGCUCUUUGGUGGGAACCCACGCUACGAGAACGUGCCACUCAUCGGAAGGGGCUCCCCUCCUCCCACGUACUCUCCCAGCAUGAGGGCCACCUACCUGUCCGUGGCGGAUGAACACCUGAGACACUAUGGGAACGACUUUCCAGCCUAACACUUUCAGGGGUUCCUGCCUCCUUGAUCGUUUUGGUUUUUAAUUAAUGCAAAUGCAAGCUGCGUUUCUUUAAUAGAAACCAAAGGCGUCUGGAGACCACAUGCAGGGCUGCGGGAUUGGAAGGCGCCCGCAGCCGCAGAGGAACAGCUGAGAUUCAGGGAGAUUCAGCCUGGAGUUGGCUGAGGUUCCUGACCAAAGCCCCGGGCAGGCAGAAGACCCAUGACCUGGACCAGACUCUCCCUCUUCUGGCCUCCUCUCCACACCAGAAAUGCCCCUCAGGUGCUUGGCCGUCCCUAAGCUGGGACCCUGGUUCAGCUCACCCCUACAUCCCACCCUCGCCAGGUGGGGAGUGGCAGUGAGGAGGGGCCGGGUCAGGCUCAAGGGUCCCAUUGCCAAGACUGCCUCCUACUAGCACGGCCAGAAGCCCAGGUGACCACUCUCUGAGUCACCUCUCUCCCCCUGGCUGCAGGGAUAGGCAGCAUGUCCCUGCAGGUAUAGGUGGGAGGACUGAUCAGCAGAUGCUUUUAAGGGAAGUGAUGUCCCCGAUGAGACCAGACACUGUCCAGAUUAGUCUCCUGGGGCCAGAUGGACUCUUCCUGGGCCACAGAGGGAAAGCAUUGGAGAGCUCUGCAUUGAGGCUGGUGGCUCCAGGGCCGGGGGACCACAGCCUC